AUCUGUCCCUUGAGGACCUUUGCCUAUCUCUAUUUUAAUCAAGGAACUGAAGUUGGUGCUUCUUCUCGUUUACCUUUAUGGCUGCUUAAUUUGUUUAUUUGCUGAAUUCAGACCACUUCAUCAACUCCAUUACCACAUGAAUUCAACAUGUUUUCUGUCAGCAAAAAAAUUUUGAUAAAGAAAGAACGAACUCCUCAAGAGCUGCUAUGAAAGCCCCACAUUCUCCUUUGCUGCUCUCAACUUCUCAUCCACAAGCUUAACUUGAGCCCCUUUCUUGUCCUUCCAAGUAUACCUUUGGAGCUGUCUUCUUCAUUGAUUGUUCCUCUCCCAUACAAUCGCACUUUAAAUACUUGUUGCUUCUCAAUGUUCUCAUGGUUGCAAUGGCCCUAGUCUUGAGCAUCAACGCAUUACCAGGACCAGAGGAUGAAGAAGAACUACAAGAGGAUAAAGAAAUUUCAGCCAACAUCCUGACCGGAUCUUCUGAACAUGUUGGGAACGAUGGCAGCCUUGUCGUUAGUCGGUUUCUUGCUCAAAAGAGAAAGAUGCCAGCUGAGCGUUUGAACUGGAACGAGUUUCCCAGGAUAUGCUUUGCCAGGGGAAGUCCGGGGUCUCAUUGUUGCAAGAAGUGUGUCGAUGUUUUGAAAGAGCAUCUCAACUGCGGGAGAUGUGGGAAUAAGUGCAAGUACAAUGAGACCUGCUGUAAUGGCAAAUGUGUGAACCCAUUUUUCAACAAACCACAUUGUGGAGGCUGUGACAAAUCGGUGUGCUGGCAAUGGCAAGGGGAGUUUCUCUGCGUUUGGGCUCUGCUACUACGCUUAGGACAGGAGAGGUGGAAGUAAUAUAUACAUUGCAUUGUAGCAGGACAAACCAUGAUAUUACCUUUCCUAUUCACAUUCUUUUGGUGAAGAGAAUACAAAUAUUAAAGAGUUUAUUAUGUC